GGAAAAAUGAAUCUGAUUAUACAGGAUGACAGGGGGCAAGUCAACACCAAAGAUAAUACAAUUGAUCAGACAAGCCCAGGGUCUUGACCCUGAAGAAGAAUCAAUACUAAAAAAGUUAACCCCUCAUGUUCCUGGUGUGGUAACAUUUGCUGACCACAAUAAACCUCUGCCAUGGACAACAGAGUACAGAUCUGUUCUGGUCUUUGCAGACAUUUCAGGUUUUACUUCUCUUUGCGAACGCUAUGCCUCCAUGGAAAAGGCUGGCAUUGAUCAACUGACAAAGAACCUGAACGACUAUUUGGGAGCCAUGGUUGAUCUCAUACUGAAAGCUGAUGGCGAUGUGCUCAAAUUUGCUGGUGAUGCCAUUUUGUGUCUCUGGAGAGUUAAUACACCAAAGGACCUAUUGAGUGUGGUAGAAAAGGUCAUCAGGUGCUGUCUGAACAUACAGAAAAAUUGUGGAGAAUGGAAAACUGACAUUGGAGUUAUCCUUACUGUCAAACUAGGUGUGUCAAUGGGAAACACAAGAGUGACAUUUCUGGGGAAUGACACUUUCCGUAUGUAUGUAGAGAGGGGACAGCCUGUGACAGAUGUCAACCUAGCUGAGAGCUUUUGUAAAUCUGGAUACAUUGUCCUUUCCCCACUCACAUGGGAAAUCUGCAGGAAACCUCGGUUUACAUUUGAAGUACUAGAAGAUGGUCAGCAUGUCCGGGUGCUGUCCAUGAAGGAUGAUGUCCAGCCAGUGACACCAACCAUAGAGGUUACUGCUGAUGGGGAGGAGGAAGAUGAUAACGAGGCUGCUAACACACCAACAAACUAUCUCACCAAAUUCAAGGCAAGAAGUCUCUCGAUAGGAUCUUCUGCCAAUGUAAAAUUCAUGGCGAAACGUUUAAAGACUAAACUGUCAUCCUCAGCAGUAAGACCUUCACCUUCUAAUACAUCUGAUGUUGGUACCACAAUUGCCGAUUCAUCUUUAUUGUCCAUCAACCCCACUAGCUCCCUGAGCGAGAGCACAAUGACCAGUUCCCCACCAUUGGACUCCAUCACUACUCCAGAAUCCAUUGAGAAUAGAUCAACUCCGACCCUUGACCCCUCAAUUUUACCAGUACACCCAACAAGGACUGUGGAACCUGUUGACAUGAUUGACUCCCAGACACUCCCAUCUAUACCCACCUCUCCCUCAUCACCUGUCAAAAAAGGAUUGGCAGGUGGAGGACUUGCAAAAUUACGCAAUGUGGCUAUACAAGUUGCACAAUUAAAGCUGGACCAGUCUCUGAGGCUAUAUGUGUUGUCACCUGUAUUAAAAAAGCUAGAUGACAACCAGCCCCUGGAAUAUCUGUCUGAGAUGAGGAAGGUGUCAAUUGUCUUCAUGAACUUAAUUCUGAACAAAGAUUUUGAUGCAACCAGUCUGCUACAACGGGUGUUUGAUACUGUGUACCUGCAGUCCAGCAUCAUGCAUGGUUGUCUUAACAAAGUUUUCCUCUUUGAUAAGGGUUGCACGUUUUUGGUGAUCUUUGGACUUCCUGGCUACAAACAUGAGAAAGACUGUGCUCAUGCUCUGAUGUGCUCAUAUAAAAUGAGGAAAACCUUGGUCAAAAUGGCAGGUGUCACGAAUGUGUCAAUUGGUGUGACUACAGGAACAACAUUCUGUGGAGUAGUAGGACACACAAACAGACACGAAUACUCAGUAAUUGGGAGCAAGGUGAACAUGGCGGCCCGUCUGAUGAUGCACUACCCAGAUAAGGUGACAUGUGAUGACAGCACCUUCCAGUUCUCACGACUACAGGUUAACAGUUUCCAGGUCCUCAUCACCAAACGCAUGAAGGGACUCCGCAACAUUGGCCUCAUCCGCGAGUACACAGAGACUGAUGCAGAAACAGCUACAAACCUCAACUGUGUUGUCAGGUUCCAGUAUCCAUUACUAGGAAGAAACUAUGAGAAGAAUAUCUUCGAUCAAGAAGUAUGUUGUCUGACGGAGGCGGAGGAUAAUGGAAGCUAUAGGGCAUGUCAGCACUUCGUCUUUGUAGGGGCUGCUGGGAUCGGCAAAACACGUCUUCUUCAUCAUCUCAUCGUCAUGACAGAGAAAACUGGAACCAGAGUGGUCUCAUGCGCCCUGAAGCUUGAUAAUCUGUUUGAUGCCAAUUUUCUCAGCACGUAUGUGAUCCUGAUACUUCUGAAUAGUGCUGGGUUCUCCUACCAAGUGAACAAGGAGCCCAUAUUGAUGGAGCGUCUCAACCGAGCUGGAUACAUUCCCACCCUACACAAACUCAAUGACAUCCUCUCCUCUAACUUUCAGAAAAUAGAUUCUACUGAAGGGAUCCAAGCCAGCGAAGAGGAUUUACUUUGCUGUAUAGCUUCUGUGUGUAUAGAGAAGCUUGGUGGAGUUGUCAUUGCCCUUGAUGAUGCACAUUACAUUGACCCCAAAUCCUGGAUAUUCCUUCUCCGGCUCAUCAAUGUCCCAGGGGUCAUUGUGGUCAGCACAGUCAGACCCCUGGCAGUUGAGGCACCACCUUGUUCAGCUGCAUCAGAAUUCUUUGACCAUAAGAUGGUCAAGCUUCGAGAUAUUGCUGGACUUGAAAGUAAAUAUAUGACAGCAUUGGCGUGCCAGCUAAUGGAGGUCAGCAGGAUACCCAAGGAGCUCGAACGGAUGCUGCGAGAAAUGACCCAUGGUGUGCCAUCCUGGUGUGAACAGUUACUAGUGGACAUGGUGGAGAAGAAACAGUUGACCAUUCUGCAGGACAGUGGUCAUUUUAAACACUUGGAGUCCAUGGUGGCACCUCUUAGUCAGUACAUCCGGCGUUUGGACACGGAUGAUGAUACCAGUACUUUGGACAUGAGGCAGUGCAAUGAGAUCUUCUAUGAUACUACCUCUAUAGAUCCUCAGAAGUCAGAAUCAGGCCACAACAUGCUGGCAGAUUUGGGUUUUCUCCAUGAAAACCCCUCAUUCAAUCAUGACGCUGAAAAGGAGGAAAAGAAAUUGAAGAUUGAACGGAUUACAGUAUUUUCUCCUGGAAUAAAUCCUAAUGAGAUUAAGGUGCCCGAUUCCAUGAAAGAACUCAUCAUGACCAGGAUUGAUUCUAUGAGGGCUUCUGAGCAGCUGAUCGUAAAAUGUGCUGCUGUACUUGGGACAAGCUUUUCCCGGGACAUGGUAGAGACAAUCCUGCCUAAAGUCCAGAGAGUGAAGGCAAGGAAAUGCUUCAAACAGCUCGCCUUCAAUGGAAUAUUUGAGUGUGCAAACAUUCCAGCAGGACGAUACAAUCAGAUGAUGCAAGGACGAGACGACACAAUUUCCUGGGAUACAUGUUAUUGUGUUAAAGAAGAGAAUCUCUAUGUACGGGAUCUGUGCAAUAAAAUGCGCUUUCGUAAUGCUCUGAUACAGCAGACAGCUUACGAAACCCUCAUGGAAAGCCAGCGACUCGAACUCCAUGCCAAAUCAGCCGAGUAUUUGGAAAAGCAGGCUGAUAAAUACCGCUUGAAGAUUCCCUAUUACUUGCUGGGGAGAAUUCCUCCAAAUAGUGGAACAGGAUAUACAGGUUCAGAGACUGCGAUACGAAGGGCCAACUGGAAAAGGCUAGCUUUGACCCGUGUAGGGGACAUCGGUAGUUACCAACAGACACGGCGUGGCAGACGUUUUGGAUUCUCUCUGGACACUGAGAAGGGGGAUCCCCUGGUGCAGGUACUGAGGGAACAGUUCUCACUGAACCAGACAACAGACGAGAUGCUGGAAUGCCUACUGCCCACCUAUACAAUGAUUUUCUACCAUUGGAAGGCAGCCAAACAUUACCAGAACCUUGUUAACCAGCUCCUGGAAGCCAGCUCAGUAGCCGUUGCUAUCUGCAAAGCAGACCAGGCUAAGGACCUGUUGGUGGAAGUUGAUGCUGUACUUAAACGCAUGGAGGAAAGUGAUGAUGUGGAUCAGAUGUCCCUCAUCAUCCUUAAGUCAAGAGCAAACAGACUUUGGUCAAAGACAUUCAAGCUGGUUGGACAAGAAGAGCAGUGUUACUCCUUUCUGAAAAAAGCAGCAGGAUUAGUUGGUUUGAAACAACCUACACGGAUGGCUACUGCCAAGCUGGAAUUGAAAUUGCUCAAACUCCAAAUGUUCUUUGGGCGGAACCGAGACAGACCAAUGUUACCUGCCAGCGAGCUUGUUAUUGAGCAAUGCUACUGUCUAUUAGACCUAUACUAUCACUACAAGCAGAACGACAACACCCAAUUCAUGAUCCUCAGUGCAAUGUUACACCUGUCUAAGAUCUUCAACAGGACGCCACUUCUCUACCAUGUUGUACAAGGGUACUAUGCAGUGAUGGAGUACUACAAGAGUCGAAGUGACAGGAACAUGGAGAUGAGACUGGGACUGGAGCUGAUAGAUAGGUGUGUCAACCGUCUCAAGGAGUUGACCAAGAAUGACUGUGUCCAUUUGUCCAGAGUGUAUGCUGACCUCUGCAUCCUUAGCCUGGAAACUGGCAACAUCACACGGGCAUUGACAAUGGGGUUCAGCAGCAUUGACCUGGCUGAAAAGACCAGUGAUGACUCUUUCAUGAAAAAAACGGGACACAGCCUUGGCUUUGCUCUCAUCCUAGCAAACAAUUUGUGUUUUGACAGGAUUGACAUGUGUAUAGACUUACUGCUGAAGCUUAGAGGAGGAAUUCCCGACAGGAUCACAUCGAGUUGGUAUUAUGCUCUUUGUCUUGAGUUGGUUCAAAACGGAGACUCUGGUCCUGAACACUUCAUCAGCUGUUUGACGUUUUCCACCAGUCUGUUCAAAAGUAUGGACGCAGUGAGAGGCGAAUACUCUAGUAGAUACUACCUGGCUAUGUGUAUGGCGAUAUACUACUGUCGGUGUCAAGACUGGGAGGCAUGCCAGCGCUGGUUUGAUUACUGGGAAUUGUACAGGACAACCGAGUUAUCGUUCUUCCCCCUGUACACUUUGUGUAAAGAGGUGGAAGUCAAACUCCUGUCUAUCUCUGCGAGUCACGGCAAACCUCACAAGGUCUGGAAACCCCUGCAAUCAAGCGUCCGCAAGGACCUUGAUUUCUUGACAAGAAAUGUAGCGAUUAUCCCUGGCUUGAAGCCCCGGGUGUUCCAUCUGAAAUCGUACUACUGUGCCCUUUUCUGUAAGACUGGGAAGGCCAUGCAAAACCUUAGCAGGGCGAGCAAGGUCGCCCGAGAACAGGGAAACCAAUCAGAGUGGAGAUGGGCGGAGCACCACAGGCAUGUCUGGUUCAAUGCACCAAAAGAAUGCAGGCAAUGGCAAAAGAUUCCAAAAGAAAAUCCUAAUGUUUGGCUAUGGAAACCUGAGCGUGGCAACCUUUUCACUUGGCCACUGGAGUGAAGGGUUUGAUCUUAAUAGAUGCAUUCUUGGUGCAAGAGAAUUAGAAGGACAGAAAAUAGCCAAAGAGUUUGCGCAACUUUCUCUCAUGCUCAGUAGAACAUCAUUUAUUUUAAAACACUCUUUCUAAAUGCUGAACAUCAAAAUACAUUCCAAAAUACAAUUCAAAAUUAUGUGACAACAUGGUUGUGUCUAUAAAUAUAAUAAGGAACUAUUCUUGUCAUAGAAAUUAGGCAAAUACUACUUUACAAGAAGGAAGUUUAAUUUGUUGAGGUUGUGACAACAAGGUUGUAUCUGUAAGUAUGAUAAGGAACUAUUCUUGUCAUAGAAAUUAGGCAAAUACUACUUUACAAGAAGGAAGUUUAAGUUAUUGAGCUGGAAUUUGGAACAUUGAAAACAUUAGAUCAGCAUUGGAAAGGUGUUUUAUAAUGGCUCUGUAUCGAGUUGGGCAUCAACACAGGAAUGCUCUUUUAUAAUGGCUUUACAUCGAGUCAGACAUCCUUUAAAGGGGUAAUGGAACUUAUUUGAAGAAAGCUGGUUAAAUAACUUCACAUUCGCGUGUUCAAACUGGUGAAAGCAGUUUUAAUUUAAUUCAUCAGAAUGUGAUCUUUACAAGAUCACUUCUCCAAAACAUAUGUUUAAACUUUAUAUUAUUUAUCGCAGGAAGGUCACCCGUCCAAAUAUUUGUAUUUGAACUCAAAAUAUGAUGUGCUAUUGUAAAUAUAAUAAUUUUGUCUAAUUGUAUUGUUAUGAAUAUGAUAAAUGUCUUAUUAUGCUAUUAUAAAUUGUGUAUAACCGUAUAGUGGAAAUGUCAUGUUGAAGUGGUGUCUAGAUUUACAUUGCAAACCUGUAUUGUGUAAAGGGAGGAAAUUCCCUGAAUUGUUAAUCGUCUAAUGAAUAUAAAGCGUUACAUCAGGAGUACGAAUUACAUAUGUUCACUUGUGUCAAACUUUGAGGAUGUGUUAUCUUCAUUAUUCAUUAUAAUUCAAGUUGUUCUUUUUUUACUUGAAAUUCAUGAUGAAUCUAAAGCAGACAUUGCAUUAUCAAGGUUGGAAAAAUUCAGAUUCAUGUUUUGCUUGUAUGAGUUUAAUAUGAUUUCAUUUUGUGUAUUUUUAAACACGACAAAGAGUUUAUUGAAAUUAAGCUAGGAACCUGCAUGCUCGAACACAGUUUUGCAAACCAUUGCAAGGAUAAUACUCAAUUAAAUGAAUGCUCAAACAAAAUACGAUGCAGUAAAUUAUGAUUUUCAUUUUUCAUUCAAAAGAUAAUUAAGCCUAUAUUUACCAGUCUGGAUAUUUCAAUGGUACGCUUAACAUCAAAAAUAGAUUCAGAUAAAUUAUACACAUUUUUUCAGAUUGUUUUAAUAUUAAGGCGAAAAGUUUUAACAAAAUUCAGUUCAGUAUGUGUGAUUUUGCUUAAGGUGGCUCCACACAUCGUCAUCAGCGUCCAUUUUCGUGACGUACUUCCGGAAAAAGUACAGCUCGGACU